AUGGCGCAUGCCAAGGAGGACCACGCCAGCGAUGGCCAUCGAGAAGUGCUCGCGUCAUCUGCAGCGGGAACGACUUUUCUAAUCAUGAUUCAAUUGGCGUCCAGAAUCUUCACCUUUGCCUCCAACCAGCUCAUCUUGCGCACGCUGUCCCCCGUUGUGCUUGGAAUUGCAGCUCAACUGGAGCUGUAUCAAGUGACCAUUCUAUACUUCUCCAGGGAAAGUAUGCGUAUGGCCAUUCAAAGACAGCCAUUGGUCUCCGGUCCUCCCUCAACCAGUAACAAAGCCGACCAGCACACAGAGACCGAUCAGGACAAGCAAUCCCUCGCAUCUCAAUCGGUUGUCAAUGUGUCUUAUCUCAGUUUAUUCCUCGGCAUCCCCUGUACUGCCAUAUUCACCAUGCUUUACAGGUAUUUCGCCCCGGCAGAGGCACUGUCGACUCCUUUAUUCACUGCUAGCGUGACUGUGACUGGGAUUGCAUCCCUUGUGGAGCUGAUGAUUGAACCGUUCUUUGCAGUCAUUCAACAGAACAUGUGGUAUGACAAGCGAGCCACAGUAGAAAUGCCGGCCGCCUUUCUGAAGAGUCUAGUGACAUGUUUCACCUUUCUCUAUGCCUCUCGGCUUGGUCAAGACGUUGGUCCUUUGCCCUUUGCUUUGGGCUACUUGAGCUACUCUGCCACUCUCAUCUUCGGCUAUUCCUGGGUUUUGCUUGGAAGCCCUUCGGUACAGCGGUGCUCGUUUCUACCUAAACGUAUUCCAUCCAGGUAA